AUGGCGAGACCCCAAGUUACGGCUUUAGCCCGAUUCUAUGGCCUUCCUAAGGUGCACAAAGACGGCGAUCCCCUCCGACCCAUCGUGUCGCUCAAAGGGACUCCAACGUACGGACUGCCUAAGUGGCAGUUCCGGCGUCUCAAGUUCCUGACCGCUGAGUCAGACACCACGGUCUCUUCGUCAGUACAAUUUCUGGAGAAACUCAAAGGGGUAAGCAUCCAUCCAAAUGAGGUCAUGGUAACUUUUGAUGUUACAUCCCUUUUUACUUCCAUUCCCCAGGACCUGGCGAUCGAGACAAUUGAGCAUCUACUACAAAGCAAAUACGAUGAAACGGAGAACCGUCUUGGACACGCCCAAAUCCUUCAACUCCUGAAGCUCUGUCUCAGGACGUACUUCACGUUCUACGGGACAAUCUACGAACAUGUGAAGGGCACACCAGUGGGUUCGCCGAUUUCGGGAUUCAUCGCCGAGGCGGUCCUGCAACGGUUAGAAUCGCUGGUCUUCCAACACCACAGACCGAAAUUCUGGGCCCGGUAUUUGGAUGACACCUUCGUCGUCAUCGAUAGGGAUCAGGUGUUGACAUUCCAAGAACAUCUCAACGCCGUCUUCCCGGACAUUCAAUUUACGAUGGAGGAGGAAGAGAACAACCAGCUGGCCUUCCUGGAUGUCCUCGUAUGCCGCAAAGAUUGUGGUGAACUUAAAACCAAAGUGUUCAGGAAAGCGACAAAUACGAUGCAAGUACUGAACUUCAACAGUAACCACCCAAUCAGCCACAAACGCAGUUGUGUAAGGACGCUCUAUCAACGUGUCGAAACGCACUUCAGUGAGCCAGAAGACAAAAUUGCCGAACUACAAUACCUCCGACGGGUCUUCAAAGCCAAUGGCUACCCGCGCAACUUCGUCUUACGGUGCAUACGCAAAAGGGACGAAAGGCCUAACCGCACGGACACCAAAUCUUGGCGGGCACUUCCGUAUGUCAAGAACGUUUCGGAAGCUGUCGGCCGCCUUCUCGCACAACUUGGGGUUGGAGUGGCACACAGACCGGAGGCAACAAUCAGGCGUCUGGUCAUGAAACCGAAAGACCCACUGCCACGGCUAGAAACGUCUGGAGUCGUUUAUCGGAUCUAG